UUAGCUUGGCGUGUUUGGUUUGGAGUUCCUGAGUUUGUGAAGCUUUUUGGUGUCAAACGUAGAUAAAAACUGAAGCAUUGUCAACUGUAAACUAUAAUAGUUAGACAUGUAUUUUCGAGAUAUUUUUCGGGCGCAGUUGGUCGGGACCAGGGCGUGUCUGUUCAACCCUCUCCGGCGAGUUUAUCGAGUCGAGAGGUCACUCUGCUCGAAGAGUGAUGAGGUGAAGCUGGCAGAGGAGGCCAGCAAAAGAUACAGCCCUGCAGGUGCAACCAUCUUCUCCAAAGUUAUUGAUAAAAGCCUCCCUGCAGAUAUUAUCUAUGAAGAUGACAAGUGUUUGGCAUUCAGGGAUAUCAGUCCACAGGCCCCCAUUCACUUCCUGGUUAUUCCACGGAUCCCCAUUCCUCGAAUAAGUGCAGCUGAAGAUGCUGAUGCUGGGCUCUUGGGACAUUUGUUGGUUGUUGCUAAAAAUGUGGCAAAGCAGGAAUCUCUUAGUGAAGGCUACAGAGUGGUGAUCAAUGAUGGAAAGCACGGAUCUCAGUCGGUCUACCACCUUCACAUCCAUGUCCUGGGAGGAAGACAGAUGAAAUGGCCGCCGGGAUAAAAGACUCACACUGAACGGCCGAAACAUCUGGAGUCAUCCUUUCAAGAAACUGGAUUUUUCUCUAACUGAUUAAUGAAACCAGUGGUUUGUCAGGCUUUAUGAAGUCCUUUCAUGUUGUGCUUAGAUUGCACAACAUGCUGGAUAUCUCUCCUUUUAGCUAAGAGCUUCUUGAAAAUCAAGUUGUUGGAGAAAAAAAACAACUUGAUGAAAGUCAAUUGUUGCCAUUUUAUAUAGAGGAUUUAGAGGGAAUUAUACUGUUUGUCUUACAACAGUGUAUUUAAGCAAUGAGCAUAUUGAAAAGGAAAGCCAUCUGUUGGUAAAUCCAGCUCUUAUUUUAUUUAAAUGUGUCCAGAUUGAAUAAAGAGCUUAAGUAAA